ACCGGUGGAGACGGCCCAGUUCAUAUGAUGGAGAAUCCAGUGACUCUCUCUCUCUGUUGAUAUAAGCCCAGUGGUAAUGAAUCCCAGCACAAUCUACUUUUAGCGAGGAUAGCAACGGGGGCCAGGAAAAUGCAAAUAAUUGAGGGAAGUUGCUCUUUGCAGCAGACUGCACAGUUUAGUCCUGUCUCCUGCUAUCUGCAGCACUGUCCAUAACAGAACGAGUGGUUCGCUUCAGCCAAUCUUUUGCCUGGCAAAUCUUGACUUUUCUAUCAAGCCAGGCACUCCUGGAAGAGAUCGGUUACAUUUUUCCCCCCAAGAAAUCAGGUGAAAGUCUUAAACCUCAGUGGGUGUCUUUGAGGACACAGAGCUUGUGGUCAAUGCUUAAUAAGCACCUGGUGCCAACUUCGGAUCGCCAGCUGGAGUAACUCCGUUGAGGUACCCGGCCCUGUUCUUGUGCCCAGGCGGGAUCGGGCUGACUGCUGGUUACGCUGCCUGCACAGAGGGACGAGGGCUGUUUCAGCACAAGGAAUGACUCCUUUAGCCCCACCACAAACCAGAUCCCAGCGCCCAUCGUGUCCGCUGCAGCCAUGUUAGAGGUGGCCCAUUGAAAGAGUAGGGCGGGGCUGUACUCUCCGCCCUUAGGCUAUUUGGGGGCAAUCAGUGGCGGAGCCUAUGCAAAAACCAACCAACCAAACAAACACCAUGAGAGGCCUCGACUUGCUGUGAGCGCAAUUACAGCGAGCGAGGGCCACGGGGGCAGCACAUGGGUAGCACCGCAGUGCUGCGACACCCCGUUUUAUAGAGCAACGGCCCGGCUCCAAGUCUGCCCGUCGCAGUUUCUUGUCUAGGGCAGAAGCAGGAUCCUUCACAGGCUCCCCGGAGCCCCAGGAAAUGUAGUGGCAGAGCCCCGAGGAGGCGUCCCGGUUCCCCCGCCCAUGCUCCUACGCGUGCCAUUAAGUCUCCCCAGCAGGCGAAGCGUUUGGAUCCCUUUGCAGAGCUGCGGGCACGAGCCGGUCCAGGGGCAAAGCUCAGAACUAGCCUCUGCUUUUGUGCUGCAGCGGGGGAUCCCUCGGACAGCUCCCCCACCCGGCAUUCCUCCACCCCACCCCCCUAGCCCCUUCCUCCUCCCCCAGCUCCCUGCCACGCUGCCAGCUCGGUGCAUUUCGCAGCCCGCCCGUGCAGCGCCAGAGCCGGGAGCUCGCUCUCCGCCCGCGCAGCCCGGCCCCCGACAGGACUCCCCGGCCGAGAGAAGCAUGGAUGUGAGGCUCGGAGCCGCUCUGCUGCGCGUCCCGGGCCUGCUGUGCCUAGUCCAUGCCAUGGCUCGCAUCGGGGCCGAGCAAGAAGUGGAGAACCUCUCGGGGCUCUCCACCAGCCCCGAAAAGGACAUUUUUGUGGUGCGGGACAACGGCACCACGUGUCUGAUGGCCGAAUUCGCAGCCAAACUGAUGGUCCCUUACGAUGUGUCGGCCAGCAAUUAUGUCGACCUGAUAACAGAAGAAGCUGAGAUCCCGCUUGCCCGAGGAGCAGAAGUGAAGGGGAAAUGUGGCACUACCGAAUCGGAGCUCCAAAUCUCUUGGCUAGACAAAGUUUACACCCUCAAGCUGUAUUUUGUAAAGGAAGGCCACAACACAACCAAGAGGCAAGAGGCGGUCUGGAAAAUGAACAAGAUCCAGUUUGUCUAUGAUUCUUCGGAGCGAACCUACUUCAAAGAUGCCGUCAAUCCUGGCAAGCACACAGCCAACUCGCACCACCUUUCUGCCUUACUCACCCCCGCUGGGAAAUCCUACGAAUGCCAAGCUCAGCAGACCAUCUCCCUCAUCACCAGCGAUCACCAGAGAACCGUAAUCCUCUUGCUGUCAGAAGUCCGCAUUCAGCCCUUUGACAUCAGUGCUGACUUUGUCUUCAGCGAAGAACAUAAGUGUCCAGUGGACGAGAGGGAACAGUUAGAAGAAACCCUGCCUCUAAUUUUGGGUCUGAUAUUGGGGUUGAUGAUUGUGAUAACCAUCUGCAUUUACCACAUCCACCACAAACUGACAGCCAACCAGGUACAACUUCCUCGAGACAGAUCUCAGUACAAACACAUGGGAUAGAUGGCAGGAUGCAUCCAAACUGAGUACUUAUCAGGUAGACAAAGCAAAAGCACUUUUUUUCUGUAGGUGAGGACACACACAUGAGAUAUCUACAGUAUAAUGGCCAAAUGGAGAUGAAAACACUCUUCACAGUCAAAGCUUCAUUCUCUUCUCAUAUUUUCUUCUCAUAUUCAAACCCCAACAUUUUACUCUCCCCACAUAUGCAGCACUCCCAUUCCAUACAUGUAUGAAGAGCUGGGUAUUGGAGUGAAGAUUUACCGCUCCGAGUUUUGCUCUAAGCAUUAAUUUAGUGUAUUCAUUAUUAAGAGCCAUGUCCUGCAUUCCUAACACAUUAGAAAUUCCCCCGGAAGUUAAUGAAAGGAUUCUAGGAGUAGCCACAACGUAGACAUUUUAUUCUGAAAAAUCCAGGCCAGACCUUCAGCUGGUGUAAAUUGGUGUAGCUCCAGUGAAGUCAAAGUCAGCUGAUUUUAACCAGCUGAGGCACUGACCAUGCAUUUAAGGUUGAGAGAGGAAAGUUUGUUUUUGCUUCAGAGUUACACUUACAAAACUGUUGAUGCACAAAAUAUAGAGCACCACGCUACUGCAAGUCAAUCAAGAAAUGCUUCUGGCUGGGCAUCCUGCACGUAUUGUGAUUGUCUUUGAAACGUUACAUUGCUACCUACACCUGACAAUUUCACAACAAAACAAAAAUGUUACCGUUACUAUGCAGAUCAUUUCAGCUGUUACCCAAUGUAACAGAAAAUAUGAACUCUUAUCAGCUAAUGUAAAACAUUUUUAAAAUGAAUUAAAAUAUAUACCUGUA